AUGAAGGUUCGUGGCAAGGUUCGGUUGAUGUGCGAGUUCUGCAAGAAGGUUGUGGUUCGUCUCAGUAGAAAACAGCAUUACGUGUACAUCUACUGCACAAAAAACCCUCGGCACAAACAGCGGACAAAAUUUCUUGCUAUGUCUACGCAAUCGGAGGCACAUUGCUGCGACGGGCACCAUGCGGGGUGGCAUGCGGAUACUCCAACUGGGUUACCUUGCCUUCCGGAGCCCAAGUACAGCCUUGUGCAGCAACACAUGCUCGGCAGCGCAAGCCGGAGUUUGUUAGGCAACCGCCAUACAUCGGUGCUUGGUGAGCUCUAUUGGCGAGCGGCGCUAGCAGGACGCGACAUGUGA